AACUCAAAUUAUUUAAAGUUCACCUUCCUAUGGGAUUGUGGAUCGUAUCUGAGGGCAAAGCUAUAAAUUAUGGUACUUCUGCAGCAUCUCUCCUUUUCACUGGAAGUUCACAUCAAAAUUGUUGUUUGUCGUCAAGAUUGUUGAGUUGCCCUGCAUUUGUUGAUGUGGUGAGGCCAAAUCAAUUCUCUUUUGCUGUGUUUGCUGGUGAAACAGCUGCUGUUCCUAAGGAUUGCAGCAGUGAGCAGAUUUCAUUUUCUGAUUCUGUAUCUGUUCCUGAUGAGCCGAUGAUGGAUGGUGGAGAGAAGGAUGAAGAAGAGAGCUUUGACAGCCAUAAAAUGAUCAGAGUAUGUGAUAAGCUAAUUGAGAUCUUUAUGGUUGACAAACCCACACCAGCUGACUGGAGAAGGGGUUACUUGCUUUUAGUAAAGAAUGGAAUAAUAUCUGUCCUUAUUUCUAUAACCGUUGUCAGGACAGAGCAGAUAGCGAGGAUGAUCUCGGGAUGAAGCAUAAGUUUCUUUGGCUGGGAAGGAAGCUAAAAGAGUGGUUUGGUGGAGUUUGUGGUGUGCAGAUUGAUGUGCAAAGACACAAUGAGCUGCUUGAAGCAGUCAAGGCAUUGCCAUCAGAGAUAAAUGAAAUCAUUUCUAGGCAACGUAAAAAUUUCACAGAAGAGUUCUUUGUGCAUCUUCACACUAUAGCAUAAUCCUGCUAUGAUAACCCAGAUGAGCAGAAUGCUCUGUUGAAGCUUGAGAGUACGUGCCUGGCUGCUGUGCAAACUUAUGAUACUACAACUGGAGACAUUGAAGCCCUGAAUGCAGCAGAAUUAAAACUCCAAGAUAUCAUCCAUUCUCCUUCUUUGGAUGCUGCUUGCAGGAAGACAGACAGUUUAGCUGAGAAAAAUCAACUUGAUUCAGCAUUGGUGCUGAUGAUCACUAAAGCAUGGUCAGCAACCAAGGAAUCUAACAUGACGAAAGACAAGGCAAAAGACAUAUUAUACCAUCUUUACAUGACUGCAAGAGGUAAUCUUCAGAGGCUCCUGCCAAUGGAAGUAAGAAUUUUAAAGUAUCUUCUUAAGACUGAGGAUCCUGAGGAGCGACUCUGUGCCCUAAGAGAUGCAUUUACUCUUGGGGAAGAACUUGAGAGGAAAGAAGUAGACAACCUACACACGUGAGUAUAUUGCUCUGAAUUAUUGAGUUUAGUGCAUCUGUUAGCCAUAUGUUGUAUAAAAAUGCUUAAAUUUCUGAAGUAUUGGUUUUAAUUGUUUUGGCACUAGGACGUUCCUCAAGAUUGGUUUUCCAAGGAUACUUCUUGGCCUCGGCUAUAUUGUUCAAGAUUCCUUUGCUUAAAUUAUUUAGAUCUUAUUUUAUUUUAUUUAUUUAUCACUAUUCAAUUUCACUUCUGUAGAAAUAUUAGCAAUAAAUCGAAGUUUUGAUUUCAGUAAGUGAUUGCCCCCAAGGGUUAGCUACAGCAGGCUUUUGAAAAUUGUUAAAUUCAUCCUGUUCUUCUUUUGGGUGGUCCCUUUUUAUCAAAGUUAAAAUGAAAAUGUUAUAAUUAC